ACUUGCAGGCGGCAGUAGCUUUGCCUGGGCAUAUCCCAGGUGACCUUAUAUUAUUUUCUGGUUUAGUUUGUAGAUAGUUAUAAGGGAACUCAGAUAUGGCCUGGAACUAAGACAACACCCUGAAGGAGACAAGAACCGCUCCCAUUCGUCAAUCAGCCACCCUGCAAUAUACCAACAGUAGGCUGCAAUCGUGUCUGUGUCCAAGCGAGGGAUUUAGCUGUGACGUCCAUUGUUUUUACAACCACCCAUCUAAAUUGUUGUUAUAAUACAAAUCCUACACAGUCGGAAGGGAUCAUCAAGUGGACAAGGUACCUGGAUUUAAAUGCAGUUAUUCUAGAGACACCUUGUGAAAUCGGACUGAUCGACAUAUAGCUCAUGAACAGAAACGGAACUUGUGAACGAUGUGUGAUAGAGAACUGAAACAGACAAGACCCAGUUUUGUGAAAUCGGAACGUAUAUCCAGACCUUUUCUUCCUUUGAGGACUCUAGCAACAACCAACACUAUGAAUAUUGGAAAAGAAACUACCGUGGGUUCGCCCAUGAGCACUCUAGCUAUGAAUUUAAGUGAAUUAUCAACUGGAAGGGGGACCCCAAAGAGAAGACUGUCACUGUCCAGCAUUGACACCCCAACAGGGUCAACUAAGGUGACACCAGAGCGAAUGUCAUCAACUGAAUCAGGAUGCUUCUUUGAUUCUCCGUCACCUAUAGACUCACCAACACUUGAAAUGAGCCUGAAUCGAUUUGGCAGUUUGCUGAAGACCAACCCAGACAUCCCACCAGAGGCCUACACAAAAAGGAAAACUAUUGCUUUUAGGAGGAUAAACUCACUGCCUCUACCUACUAUGCGUCUUGACAGCCCCACUGACUUCCAAGAUAAAGAAAACUCCUGUUCCCCCAAACCUAGUGAAUGCAUGCUUGACUGUGACCGCCCUGCUUUUGACCCUGAAGACACAUGUUCACAGGACAGUGGCCUAGGAUUUGACAGAGAAAAGGAUGAACGCUUCCUGUUUGCUGCACCAGUUGGAGUACCCCCAAGAAAGAUGAAGAUAAUUAAUGAAGAUGCAUGUUCCCCUCAGAAAUAUUCUCCAGUCAAGUCUCCGUCCAAAAAGAGAUCUUUCUCACAGACCUUCCAGUCAUCACAGGACAAGGGUGGGCCAUUUGGUAGUCCUGUUCAUCUCAAGUCAUCACCUCUUGCCAGCACUGAUGAUGAUAUUGAUGAUGGUUUCCUGGAUGUCUUUGACCAGGAGGUAGCAGAGAUCACUGACCCUGUUCCCGUCAGUAUGGCUAGUCUGUUUAGUGCCCCUGUCCUCAACAAGGACACCCACAUACAAGAUGAUGAUACCCCAGUUUUACGAAGAACAAUGGCAAGGACAUCCAUCCUGCAAAGAUCUCAGUCAUUUGAUGUCCGAUCUCGGCCAUUUUCUCACAAGCGACUAGAACCACCACGAGAUGAAGCAACACCAGUUCAAAACAAAAGGCAUCGAAAAGAGUUUAUAGGAGACCUGACCUCUUGUGUGUCACCACUUGUAGAGAAACCUCCAUACAUGAAACUACAUCGCUGUCAUUCAGAAACUGAGGCCCAGAUUAAAUCUGCUCUCAACAGACUGAACGAUGAGCCUGAUCUCAUUGGCGACUGCUCCAAGCCCUACUGCCUACCUAUUAUACCAAGCAAACAUCAAGAUCUCAAAGGAAUAUCUCCAGAAACAAUGAGUCGUGUUCUGAACCAUGAGUUCGACCACAUAGUGAGUGACUUCUGUAUUGUGGACUGUCGGUAUCCAUAUGAGUACCAGGGAGGUCAUAUACAGAAAGCAAAGAAUAUCUAUACCAAAGAUGCCAUCCUAGAAGAAUUUAUAAAGAAGCCUGCUAUGGUUUCUGAUCCUAGCAAGAGACAAAUAGUUAUAUUCCACUGUGAAUUUUCAUCAGAAAGAGGACCCAACCUGUCACGGUUCCUCCGUAACAGAGAUCGUGGGAUCAACAAGGAUGUGUACCCAUUUUUGAAUUACCCUGAGCUGUACCUCCUAGAGGGUGGAUACAAGUGUUUCUAUGAACAACACCAGGAGCUAUGUGAACCACAGACAUAUAAGCCCAUGCUUCAUAAAGAUCACAGUCAUGACCUGCGACAUUUCCGAGCAAAGUCAAAAUCCUGGGCAGGUGAAAAGGGACAUCGAACAGGCCUACGGACACUAAAAUUCUAGCUUCAUUCUUCACAAAUCCAGUAGACACUAGCGAAAACUAUUUAUUUGCAAAUCUGCAUUGUUUGUUACUUGAUCAUUGUUGACAAACAAAUCUUUCAUUUGUUUGUGAAUGAUGACUUAUUAUGUUGGUCAAAUGACGCUGCACUCCAAUGGACUGCAGUCACUGAAAGUGCUCACAGUCUGUUAAUUGAUGUUGUUUUUUGUUUUCUGUAAUUUUAUGUUGUGUGUAUAAAUGUAUCAAUUUCACAUCAGUUGUGAAAGUAUUAUUUGUACAUAGUGGCAUUCUAUGCCAAACUGUGACAUCCAAUGAAAUAUAUAUCACGAUGUCAGCACCUAUCUGUCAAUCACUCGCUUCUGCUUUACCUGUCACUCACUACAUUUCCAUUUCUGCCUGUCGGGUCUUAUUACUUUCAAUGUUGUCUUGAAAUUACACUUACCAUGUAUUGAUUAGAAUUGUUCCCUCAGAACGAAAAGGUUUAAGAGUAAUACAUUUUGAAACAUGAACCACAUUAGCAAAAUGAUGAAAGGCAGUGAAGUUCGUUUUGAAACUUAAAUUAUAAUUUAAAUUGUUAAACUUUUGAACAAUAUAUAUAUAUCUCAAAGAAGCAAAGAUUAAAUUCUCUUCCAUAAAUCAUUGUUAUUUACAAAAUUUUCAAAACUGAGAUGUGAAAAACCAGAGGGAAUAUUAGAAGCAUGCAAUAGAAAUACAUGCUUUACUAAGUCAACAAUUUCAAGCCUAGCAUUCCUUUUUUCUGUUUUCCUUUGUAAACAUGUGUGGAUGUAUGUAUAUAUGAAUGGAAGUAUUUAAUCUUGAUACUGUUGUGAAUGGUGCUAUUUGUAGGGUAUGAAAGCUAUUCAUUAUUCUUCUAUGUUGUCCCUUUACCAACUCUCAUGUAAUUAUGUUGAUUUUUUAAAACCUUUAAGAAUACAAAAUGGUAAUACCAGUGACAUCAAGUGAAUAUCCCAAUGCCAGAUACUACCACAUUUUAGGAAUUUUUUUUAUGGAUUUUGUGGAGACUGUAUCAGUUGUAGAAGAAGAUCUUCGUGUUUGAUGUUUUAUUUAUAGUAGUCUGUGUAGUGUAGGUGUUUAUGGUAGGUGUUGAUUUUUUUAUAUUUAUUGUUCGCGUACUUAAGUCGUGUGAUAGUGUUUUAAGAAUCAAGUUGACAAAUGAUUACGAUGUUGGCCUCCACAACUAACUGACAACAAUUCAGAUGGGAUUUUUUAAGCAUAUUAAGACAGUUUUAUGACAGAGACCAUUAGCUUAUGCCUGUACAUAAAGCUUAGGACUGCCUUUUAUCCAUACUUCUCAUUUUUUUAUCCUUGACCUAUGAAUGUAUUUCUUGGUCACACAUAGCAUAAACCACUUGUUAUUGAGCAUAUAAUAAAAUGGAACUAAGAGAGUGUGUACAUGGUGAAAAUUGCGACAAUAAAAUUAAUUUUCAUUCAA